UUAUUAUACAAGAGGAAGAAACCAAAAAGGAGUAUGAAGUAGUUGGACGUUUUCCGAUCAUGGGCCCUUGGUGGACAGUUCAUGUUAAAGUUAAAAAAAUAGGCGCCAAGUAUUUUGUGCAAGGAUUUCCAUCAUAUUUUCUGCGGACUAAUAUAGAGGAAAACAACCACCAUGUCUUUUCGCUAUUCCUGAACGAAUGUGGUGUUCCUGAUGUUUUUAAACAAGAGUUUUUUACUUGGCUUCCUGAGCAGCCUUUGCUGAGUUUUACAAAACUUGAAGAGAAACUGAAACAGUUCCAAGCAUCGUAUUUAGCAAAGAAGCAAGGAGAUACCAAGAAUUUUGAUGUCUUUCAGUAUGUUUUGAAAUCUUUUGCAGGAAAAGCCGUACUGGUAGCUAUGAAUUUUCCAAAGAUCAUGGAGUAUUUGCCAGUUCUUCUGCCGCGCCAUUUUUGCUGCGUUUUGGAGAAGGUGUGUUGGCAAAAAGAGAAUGAAAAUAACGGUGAUGCACAUGUUGUGAGAGAACAUUUCCAAGAUGGCAUUCUCACAACAUUGGAUGAUAUAUUAAACAAUGAGCCCUGGAAACUUGGAUUCAGCAAGAUUACCUAUAGGGAACUGAACCUUCCUUAUUGUGAAGCAACCUGGGCAGCCUUCCAUCAGUGCAAACAUCUCCUCUCGAGGAUUCCUGAUCUGCAGAAGAAUGCAUUGAUUCUGUAUGAUCGACUCAAGAAACAAUGUACAGAAAUGGGACAUACUUACGAAGAUCAAGAUGAAUUAACUCAUUUUGUGUCUAGAGAUAUGUCUAUUGAGCAUGCUUGGCAAUCUCUUGAAUUUUUGAAAGACCAACAUAUAGUGAUUAGGGAGAAAAAAAUGGUGUUUCUGCCUCAUCUUUACAACUCGGAAAAGAACAUUGCCAUGUUUAUUGGUGACCUUUUGUCAAACCACGCAUGGCAACUAGGUGUUGAUGUGAGACAAAUACUUAACAUUUCUGAGAUAUCAAGAGAAAUAGUAGAUAUGAAAAUGAAUGUUACCCAGGCUCAUGAAGUGGAGUGCAUGAAAGAAAAUAAUCCAGAAAGUCACAAUUGUGAAAAUAGCUUCCUUAAAAAGGAAUUGGAGUCUACAUCUGGUACCCAAAGUAAAGCAGAGGUAGACUUGGAUCAGGUGACUGCUCUGGAAAAGAUUUGUGCUAAUCCUGUCACAAUCAUAAGUGGAAAAGGAGGCUGUGGGAAGAGUACAAUCGUUAGCUGCCUUUUUCGUCACUUAAAGCAGAUGGAAAAAGAGAUGGAAGAAGUGGAAGCUGCUUCUAAGGAUUUUGAGGGAGACCUGGAUGCAUCGGAGGAGUGGAAUACUUUUAAUCAUCUUUGGGAAUCAGAAAAUACUUGCACAAAAAAUCUUUUGAAUGUAUUAUUUACUGCACCUACGGGGAGAGCAGCAAGCCUUUUGAGUGAGAAAACUAGAUUUCCUGCAUAUACCCUGCAUCAGAUCAUCUAUAGUUUUAAAUCAUGGAAGUCAUCACAGAGUCAAGAAGAACUGCCAUGGAAGUUUUCCACCGUGACAGUUCUGGUUGUGGAUGAAGGAAGCUUGGUGUCUGUACAGAUUCUUAGCUUAGUCCUAAAGCUCUUAUGUGAACAUGCUCAACUUGCCAAACUUAUUAUUCUUGGUGAUACUAGACAGCUCCCAAGCAUAGAUCCUGGUAACAUGCUGGCUGAUAUCUUCGAGGGCCUGAAAUCCAGAGGGCUCUCUGUGGAACUGCGAACUAAUCACAGAGCUGAAUCACAAUUAAUUGUAGACAACGCAACAAGAAUCUCUCAACGGAAACUUCCUGAAUUUGAUGAGGUGCUUAAAGUUUCUGGUUGGAAGGGAGAACUGACCAUGCCAAGCCCAGAGAAGAAAUUCAUUUUUAUUGCUUUGCCUUCUGGUGGGGGCUGUGACAAUUUGCAGAAUGCCAUCAAGACUUUACUUGCAAAAGGACCAGGAUUGCAGGAUGCCAAACAAUCACAGUUCAUUGCUUUUAGAAGGCAAGAUUGUGAUCUAAUAAAUGAAAUGUGUUGCCAGCAUUAUUCAAACCAUUUAACUAGAGACCAUAAAAGACAACUUCUGUUUCGAACCGGUGACAAGAUUUGCUGCAUGCGAAAUACUUACCUGAAGGAUCUCUUGCCGGGACCUGGUUUGAGCAAGGAUCCCAAUCACCAUAAAUGCAAAAAUGGAAUCCCCCCGCUUGCCGAGGAUGGCAAACGACUGUGCAAUGGAGAUAUAUUUUUCAUAACAGAUGAUGUAGAAGUUAAUAAACAACGAUUAUUGACCAUCAGCAGCACAUACGGCUCCACGCACACUGUAGUGUAUAAGGCACUGAAGAAGCUGUGUCAUGUAAAACAUGCAUGGGCCAGAACUAUUCACACAUUUCAGGGUUCUGAGGAAAAAACCGUUGUCUAUGUAGUUGGGAACCCAGGCCGUCAGCACUGGCAGCACGUGUACACAGCUGUGACCAGAGGACGCUGCCGAGUCUACGUGAUAGCUGAGGAGAUGCACCUCAGGAAAGCAGUCACUAACAAGAACAGGCCCAGAAAAACUCGGUUACAGAAAUUUUUGAGAGAGACAAUUGCAGAAAUAAACAACCGCCCAAAACAAACUCCUCCCCUGGAGGAGAGCUGGCAACCUGAGACUCAGUCUGUAUCCGCAACUCAAGGUGCUCCUUACCCCUCUGAACCGGUAACUAACUCGGUUAAACAAGAAGGGUCUGCAGCCCUUAAUGAAGAGCAGGCCAGUAAUGCACUGCAGCUAAGUCCAGGUAAAAGACAAAGAAGUCCUGUGAUGAAUUCAGAGGAUCCAAAUCAACAAGACACCCCACUCGGGUCUUCCAGACUCAGGAAUCUAAGUUUGGAACAUGUAACUCCUAAGAAGCUUUUCAAAAACUAACAAUCAAUCAGUUGUCCUCUUAAUGAAGACACUUGUUUUUGACAGCUUUAUUUUAAAGAUUUCUGGGACAGAGAAACCAGAUAUGCAGAGAUUUUAACAGCUUUCCUAUAUUUCCAUUUUCUUUGAAGGAGAGCUUGUUUUAAAGGGAGCCUUUUAUAUUUUCAAUGAUCUGCUUUUAGUAGAAGAUUCAUUGGUGCGUUAGUCAUCAAAAAUCAAGUCAUUUUUUUAUUUUGGA